CAUAGCACAGAAGUCAACGAAAAUGAGCCAAGGAAAGACUGCGAGGAUAUCUUAGCAAGAGGAACCGUUAAUCCUUUUUACAGCAAAUUCGACUUUCUCAGGGCUUCGACGAAUCCUUUUAUCGUUUUUUUUUUGAGACUGUACAGCAAGAAGCCUCGAGAGAAUGUAACAAAAAUUGCUCGAGUGGCUGGGAAACGAUGGCAGGGGAUGAGCUCUGAACAGCGGCUUAAAUACGUGGAAAUCGCGAUGGCAGAAAAGAGACGCAGAGAUAGGCAAAAUCGAAGAAUGCGUAAACGCAAAUAUCGCAGAACCCGUAGAUUCAGGAACUCUUCUCUUGAAAAGUCAAAGGAUAUAAAAAUGAUAAAAAGAAGCAGAAAACAAGGUUCAAAAGAAGAAAACUAUUAA